GAGAGUUUGGAGAAAUCUGCCGGGGAUGCCUGAAGCUGCCCAGCAAGCGAGAGCUGCCGGUGGCGAUCCAGACCCUGCGGGCAGGGUGCUCGGAGAAGCAGCAGCGUUCCUUCCUGGCGGAGGCGUGCACCAUGGGCCAGUUCGAUCACUCCAACGUUAUCCGCCUGGAGGGGGUCAUCACCAGAGGGAGUACCAUGAUGAUAGUGAUGGAGUACAUGGGGAAUGGAGUGCUGGACUCUUUUCUCAGGAAACACGAGGGGCAGUUCACGGCCACUCAGCUCCUUUGCAUGUUGCAGGGGAUUGCCUCUGGCAUGAAGUACCUGGCAGAGAUGGGUUACAUACAUAAAAGCCUUGCUGCCCACAAAGUCCUUGUGAACAGCAGCCUGGCUUGCAAAAUAACUGGUUUCAGACGACCACAAGAAGAUAAGAUGGAGACCAUCUUCUCCACCAUGCGUGGGAAGAGCCUGGUGCUGUGGUCAGCCCCCGAAGCCAUCCAGUAUCACCACUUCAGUCCAGCCAGCGACGUGUGGAGCUUCGGCAUCGUCAUGUGGGAAGUCAUGUCCUACGGCGAGAGACCCUACUGGGACAUGUCCAACCAGGACGUGAUGAAGGCCGUGGAGGACGGGUUCCGCCUGCCCGCCCCGGCAAACUGCCAGCCGCCCCUCCACCAGCUCAUGCUUGACUGCUGGCAGAAGGACCGCAGCCAGAGACCCAAGUUCUCGCACAUCCACAACAUCCUGAGCAAGAUGGUGCAGAGCCCCGAGCCCCCGAAGUGCCCCGGCUCCACGUGCACCAGCACCUCCAUCCCCCUCACUGAGCGUACCUUCUCAGCCUUCCCAUCUUUCAGCUCUGUGGGUGAGUGGCUGGAGGCGAUAGAAAUGGGGAGGUACAAAGACAACUUCACUGCUGCAGGCUACUGCUACCUGGAAUCGGUGGCCAGGAUGACAGCCCAAGAUGUCCUCAGCCUGGGGAUCACGCUGGUGGAGCACCAGAAGACCAUCCUGAGCGGGAUCCAGACUCUCCGGGCCCAGGUGAUCCAGAUGCAUGGCCGAGGCGUGCAGGUGUGA